GAGAACCAAAGACGACAAAAGACGAUGAAAGACGAGUAACUGUAACUGACUGUAACCUCAAAUCUCAGUACAAUUAUCUGAGCUUCAGCGUCCACCUUCUCACUAUUUUCACAAUAUACCUUACAUCUUCGAUCUAUUUAUGUUUUUUUUUCUGUUCGUCGUGGAUAACAGUAGCAUUGAUUAAUGUAUCCUGUUAUUACGAGCAAUUGAGAAUUAAGAGCAAUUCAGAGGCUUGAAAAGAAAUUAUCGAAUUGGUAUACUACACUCAUCUAGAGUUUGUGAUUUUUUAUUAUUAUUCUUGGAUAAAAACGAACAUCGUCAAUAUAACCUAGAGAUUAGGAGUUAAAUUUCCGCAACAAGUGACAAAUGAAAGAGAAACUGGAUUUUGUUUUGUAAUAAAUAUCCCAAGCUGCGGAAAUGACACGAAAGUGUGUGCUGUGUAAAGAGACAAACUACAAAAAUUCCUACAGUUUUUUCUCAGCUCCAAAGGAUCAAGAGACUAGAAAAAAGUGGCAGGAGGCAAUUGCUAUUGAGAACUAUACUGUUAGUGAUGACACUUAUGUCUGCAGUAGACAUUUUUUGCCCAGUGAUAUCAUAACACACUGGGUCAGCGGUGUACCACCUCAUGUUGUUACAAUAAAAUACAAAAAAUGUCGUUUAAGGCCAGGUGCAAUACCUACAACCAGCUGUGAAGCUAUGAACAACAUGCAAAACAAUCAAGAAGACGAUUUGGAAGACUUUGAAGUGAAUAGGAACUGGGGAAACUCAGACAGGCGUCCGGCCACUUUCGCAGACGAGAAAAAAGAAUUCUUCCUGAUUCCUCGUGAUGACAAAAUCAUCACAUACAAUUGCAAUGAGAAUCAAAGUCUUUUGAAAAGCAAUAUAGGAGAAGACGAUGCAGAAAUAGAAGAUUACUCAAGUACAGAAGUUGGAGAAAGUCUCCAAGAUCAAGUUGUGGACAUGAUAAUGAACAAUGAAGAGCAGGACCAAGUUCUGGAGGUGAUGCACGAAGAUCUUGAAGAGUCAGGUAACACCAUAUACCUGAAGACGAGUGAUGAUCCUCAAAUAGUCUACAUUGAAGACUCAAACUGUAGGACAGACUGUAUUGAAGAGGAAAUUGAGGAGACGAAUACCAAAGAUAGAAUUGAUGGAUUUUCACCGCAAAAAUUCGAAGGUUCUGGUGAAGAGGGUGAAGAGUCUAUAGAUAUGUGGGAAAGUGUUGAUGGGGAGAAGGAAUCAGCUCAAGAAGUCGAUCAGAAAAAUUCGAGAGAAGUCGAAGAAGAUGCUGUAAUGGACACUGAAGAUCCUCUUGACCUCAAUCAAAGGCCUGAAGAUCUUGAAGAUGCAAUGCUAUUUGAGGAUCUGCUCGAUGUAUACACUGAAGUGCCCCUGCCCAGGGGCUGGUCCUCAGUUGUUAUUUCCAAAGGCCGAGGAACCACUGUUAUUUACGCCUUUAUGACUAUGACAAAGAGUGGGGUCCCUUAUGCUGAGAAACAAGUCUUCUUGAUGAGUGAUAUGGUAGUCAGAUGUUCAGCUGCUGGGAGGGAGAUUAAUCCAAGGUUGUAUAAUUUAUUGAGAGAGGGCAAACAGUUGAAGGUCCAGUCUCUCAUGGAUGUUGAGGAUAUUAUUGAGGAGUUUGACCAAAGGAUUGUUUGUGAAGGUUCUUCAGAGAAAAUCAACACAGAAGAUAUUGAUAACACAGUUGGCUUCCGGGACGGUUUCAAAUGGCGUCAUAUGAGCUGUUCUAUAUUGAUUAAUAACGGAACAUCCCGUUGCUCAAAGUGUAGUGCAUUAAACGUUUCAGCAAACCGAAGAAAGCUGAAGAAACCUCCACAGACAGCUGAAUCAGCAGAGUUGCUCAAAAAAGAUCGAACGAUAUUCGUACUACAAAAAUUGUUGGCCAAAAUGUCUAAAAAGAACCAACGAAUCGAGACAGUCAAAGAUAAUCUUGAAGGCAAACUGAAGCAGAGAUGUGCACAUCCGCAGAAAAAUUUAAUAAGUUGUUUGGAAUCCCUGAACAUCCCCAAGAUUCAGAAAAUAAUGAUGACAGAGUGUCUCAAGUCAUCAUCACAAGAAAAGACAAGUAAUUUCUCUGAGACAUGGACAUUCUUAUCACUUUUACUCUAUAUUGAGUCGCCAAGAACGUACAAAUAUCUCCUUAUUAAUAAAUUCAUGAAUUUACCUCCGAUUAAACUUAUGAGACGCUAUCUCCAUCAGAUUAAAACAGACACACAGUUUUAUAAAUUGUUUCAACGUUCCGUCGAGCCUUUCAAUGUCAGUGAGAUGGCUGAUGAGACUGAACCAACGUGAAAUUCAAUGAUAGAGAAAGCAAUAACGAAUUUCAAUUAAAAAGACAAAUUUGAAACGAUUGAUGUCACGAAGAGGUACAAUUCUUAUUUAUAAAUUCUUUUUAUAUCUGUAAGUUGAUGAUAAUAUUCAAAAUAGGAAGAAAUAAUGGAACAUUCUUCAUGAUUCGAAUUGUUUAUCAAAAUUUAUUCCCGUUUUACCUUUUUUCCCUAUUGCGCGACAAGAAUUUUCACACUUGCCAAAAGCGUCAUUCACCAAUUGGUUAGGUAAAAUAUCAUACCAAACUUGUUUCUCUUCAAUUUGUCACCAUAUGCUCGAUAGUAUGAUGAAAGAAAAUAUUAUUCCAACCUGUGACUUGAAA